UAGUUCCGCCAUGGAAGUUCUUUACGAGUCAGCAAAUUUUUCGACAAAAUGACUAGUUCAGUUGAAGUAAUUGAAGAUAAUUCACAGUUGAACGAAAAUGAAACUAACAUGGAUUUUGCAACUUCUGAGAAACAAGAAGCACGUGCAUUUUUACGUGAACGAUUUCUCCGUGUAAUUACUGGAAUUGUUGGUAAACAAGCAGAUUUUUACUUAUACGAAAAUACGCGGGUUUCUGCCGAGUUUAGAGGUUGUGAUGUAGAAUGUUUGGAAGUAUAUACACGGAAUUUGGAAACACCAUUGGGCAAGAUUCCAGAAGCUGUUCUAAGAACAAGUGACAUUAUUUAUAUGGAUAUGAAUGACAUUAAUGUAGUACAAUAAAUUUUCAAAAUACAGGGAAACGUGACUACAAUGAAACAAUUCUGAUGAACUGGCACGAGUAUUGGUUAUGUCGAGCAGAUUAGAAGAAGAAAUUGAAAAAUUACUUAUCAAUUCUUCGAACGAGUUAAAUAACGUCGAUGCGUUAUUCAAUUUGUUGCAUCAACUGAUUACGAAGAGUAUCGUUAUUGAUCGACGAUUCAAAUAAAAUAAAUAAUUCGUAAUUCAAUGAAUUUUUAUUUUUUACUUAUGUAAAAAAAAAAAGUAUAGUAUUUUUAACGUAGAAAAAUGAAUUGUAAUUAACUUCUCUUCUGUGUUAUUUAAUGUUAUUUAAUACCGUCGAGUUAUUUUUUUGAUUAUACAAUACGGAGACGAGAGUUAGAAAUCAUCUUUAAAGGAGAAUUAAUAAUCGAUAAUUGGUAUUCAUCUUCGUAAUAAUUUUAAAAUUCAUAUAAUUUUCCGUAAGAGACGAAAAAAAAAAAAAAAGAAAAAAAAGAAAAAAUU